UACGUGUUGGACGAACUUAUGGACACAGAGAAUAAAUACAUCCAGGACCUGACGCUGAUUGUCGAGGGCUACAUGACGCUGGUGAAGGAUUCUGACAUUGUGAAGCCACCAUCAUUGAAAGAUCAGAAGGAAGCCAUGGUCUUUGGAAACGUUCACCAAAUUCUUGACUGGCACGAAAACACGUUGAAAGCUGAGAUUGAGAGGUGCAUCCACGAUCCACAGCAUUUGGCGUCCGUUUUCAUUAAAUAUGAGAAGCGGUUCCUGAUGUACGUGAAGUAUUGUGAAAACAAGCCGAAAUCAGAAGACAUCGUGUUUGAGAAUCUUGAUUAUUUUGAAGUUAGCUCUUUUUUUAUGCCAUUAGGUACUGUGUAUAUAUCACAUAUUACAUAUUUGGCAUUUAAAACAAAUUUAACUUUUGCGCAGCAACUGAGGGAGAAACUAGGGGAGAGGUUGCAACUGGCUGACAUGCUUAUCAAGCCGGUUCAACGUAUCAUGAAGUAUCAACUGCUCUUCAAGGACAUAUUGAAGUACACUGAAAGAGCUGGCGAUGACAUCAGGGAUAUCCAGAAAGCGUUGGAAGGCAAAGUAACAAGUCAAGGCCGAUUGUUGUUGCAAGACACUUUGGAAAUAGCAGAACUCCCAUCAUCGUCGUCGUCAUCGACAUCAUUAACUAACUUAAAAUUUCAAAAAAGAAAAGUUUUUCUUUUUGAGCAGAUAAUAAUAUUCAGCGAACAGCCUGUUGUCAAAAAUGCAAGCAACAGCAGUUGCAACAAAAACGGCCCGUCACUCUCCGGUCCCUCAUACAUAUACAAACACGACAUCAAAGUAAUUAAAUACAUUUUUGUAUGA